GACACUGUGUACACGGGGACUCAGCAGCUGGUUCUGGAGACGAGUGAGUUACCAGAAGAGCUGAUCGGAGACUAUAACAAAGGCACAGGAGCUCCUUCACUUCCACACCAGUGGCCGGGAGGACUGUUGGAGAUGACUGGAGCGUCGCUUCAUGAGCAGCAUACCUCAGAUCUGGGAAAUUCUCCUUCUCCUGAGAGCUUGAAGGUUACCGGGAAAGUUUGAUCCAAAGAGGCACAGAUAUUGGAUUUCUGCUUUGGCUGGGAGUUAGGCACACCCAGAGAGGAUCAGUUGUGGCCUUGUUGGAUUAAAAAAAAACAGAUUUACAACCAAACUGCAGGAUGAAGACUCAUCUCCUCUGCUUGGAGUUCCUCCUCUUGGCGAGUCUCAUCCUUCUGGCUACUGGGCAGCUGGGGUCAAAGAAGCAAGCGCCCCAGGACCUUGUUGCUGUUACACAAAGACAUGGGCUCGUGGAGAGAGAUGUGCGGGGCCUGGUGAGGCCCAACAUCUCCAUGCCCCGCCGCCGGCUGCCGCCCAUGUGCACAGGCCCCACGGAAAUCCGAGACACGUUCAAGUACAUCAACACCGUGGUGUCCUGCCUGGUGUUUAUCGUGGGUAUCAUAGGGAAUUCCACUCUGCUGAGAAUCAUCUAUAAGAACAAGUGCAUGCGCAACGGGCCGAACAUCCUGAUCGGCAGCCUGGCAUUUGGAGACCUGCUACACAUCGUCAUCGGCAUUCCCAUCAAUGUAUACAAGCUCCUGGCAGAGGACUGGCCUUUUGGAGUGUCUCUGUGCAAGAUUGUGCCAUUUGUCCAAAAAGCCUCCGUGGGGAUCACAGUGCUGAGUCUGUGUGCGUUGAGUAUUGACAGGUAUCGUGCCGUGGCCUCAUGGAACCGUAUCAAAGGGAUUGGAGUGCCAAAGUGGAUGGCAAUCGAGAUAGCCCUCAUCUGGAUAUUAUCCGUCAUCCUGGCUGUGCCAGAGGCCAUAGCAUUCGACAUGAUCACGAUGGACUACAAGGGAGAACACUUGAGGAUCUGUUUGCUGCACCCCAUGCAACAAAACAACUUCAUGAAGUUUUAUAAAUCAGCAAAGGACUGGUGGCUGUUUAGUGCAUAUUUCUGCCUGCCGUUGGUCUGCACUGCUAUUUUCUACACCCUGAUGACCUGCGAGAUGCUGAGGAAGAAGAACGGAGUCCAGAUUGCUCUCAGCGACCACCUCAAACAGCGUAGGGAGGUGGCUAAGACCGUGUUCUGUCUGGUUUUGGUCUUCGCUGUGUGUUGGCUGCCCCUCCACCUCAGCCGUAUCCUGAAGCUCACCAUCUACGAUGAGAAAGACCCAAACCGCUGCGAACUGCUGAGUUUCUUUUUGGUGUUGGACUACAUUGGCAUAAACAUGGCAUCCGUUAACUCCUGCAUCAACCCAAUCGCCCUCUACGUGGUCAGCCAACGCUUCAAGAACUGUUUCAGGUCCUGCCUCUGCUGCUGGUGCCUACCGGCGGAGAUGCUGAUGGACGAGAAGCAGUCGUGCAUGAAGCUGAAAGUCACAGAACGGGCCUCCGACCAGAGCAACUCUCGCAUGACCAACAAGUCUACUUCGGCCUGAGGAGGGGCUUAAAGUAAGGAAGGAGUCGAUGCGACAGCAACAACUGAAUGUUGAAGUGGUGGGAGACUGAAUGACGACAUCCACAGCAUCAUAUCGAGUUUGCAUCAAAUUUUAGCACAGACUUUUUGUUAAUCAAUGAUUACUCCCUCCUUUCUUAAACUAUAUUUAUACUGGAACACCAUGCACUCCCCCUGCCCUGAGGGGAAAAGAGCAGCAGUGGACAAAAAAAACCCCCCAUUUUUGGAUAACGAGUGAGACGUGUGUGAGGCAACCAAACUGCCGUCCAAAACACCAAAAUAUUGACAACCAGGCCGGGGCAGAGUUCAAAAUAGCGGGUCAAAGGUCGAUUAGCAACGAUCACUCAUUGGGCUCUCCGUCCGGUGUUUACUUUGACACUAUGAAUAUCGCAAUACGUUGUGCAUUACAUUGAAGUGAGACGCUGUGACACCAAAACCUGCAGCGGCUUUGGAAGACAUUAAACAGUGAAUCCAAAGAGCUCAUUUGACAUUUGGUCACCGCCAUUUUAUGAUGUAUUUUCUUGCAUAUAUGUAUGCAUUUUGCAUGUGUUAUCCCUUCUUACUUCAGUGCUGUAAGAUGAGAGUCCAUAACAAGAAAUGCUGAAAUGCUCCUUCAGUUGUCAUGGCUGAUAGGUCUCAGAGAAAGACUGUGCCAAGUUGAGCACAGAAUGAAUCUUAUUACUUUUUUGUUGAGUAAACUUUUACAAUAAAGUUACUGCCCAUGUGGA